CUCAGGCCUUACCUGGGAGGUGUCCACAUCAAAGAAGCCCUGGUAAUAGUCAAACGUCCAGAAUCUUGGCUGUGGCUUUUCUUCCCGUAGAAGCUACAAGAUAAGACUUUCAGAACCUGCCUGCUUAGCCAGGAUAAGGACAGAGGCAGGGCAUGGGGGCCCGGAGACUCACCGAUGUCUUGUCAUCCUCUCCCUCCACCUCCUCGGCUCCAUAACCAAUACCUGGUCCCACAACCACAGCCACGUGUUCCCGUGAGGUCAGCGCAUCACUUUGCCUUGUAGUGGCUGCAUCUGGGCUCUCUGCCAGAAGAUGUGUGGCUUCCUCAAACUCUACGAAGAGGCAAUAUGGGCAAAGGUGUUUGGAGUCUGAAAAGUCCUUUUGGCCCACUGCUCAUCAACCUGGGCCGUGGGUGCCUCACUGCCCUCCCCUACGGACUGAGUUUCUUCAAUUUUUGACCUAAUUUAGGUCCUGGGCAGACUUGGAGGCUCUGGUGUGCCUGUUUUCAUAGUGAUUGCAGGGAUUGAGUCCAGAAUGAACCCCAGGCUCAUCCUGGGGUCUGGGUCCCAGCUGCCUGUGGUUCUAGCCUAGGACAGUAGGAGCUCAGACCACUUCCGGGCCCCACUCACCAUGGAAGGCCAGUUCGUCAGCCGCUGCCAUGAUUCUUUAGAGGCGUCACCGCAUCGCGCUCUGUGAACAGAACUGCAUCAGUCCCACAGCCCUCCUCAGACUGAUGCUUCCGCCUCGAGUCCUGCCUGGAGCCUACCACACGGAGUGAGACCAGCUCCACGCCAGGGCCCUGCAGGUGCACCCCGCCCUCCUCACCUGAGUACCUAAGCUGGCGUGGACCGUGCUCCGUGCGCGUGCGCGCGGCCAGCCUACCCGUCAGCCCACCCUCCCCGCAACGGCAACAUCCGGCGCUAGUCCGGCUCUUAGUGGGGUCCAGUGAGAAACUACGUCCGGUGUCUUGCGCUUGCGCAGGAGCCACUCUCCAGCCCUUUUCUUCCCGGCACUAUGCACUUCCACUCGGCCAACGGACCGCCGGAAGAGGAUGGCGACAGCGGCUCCAAAGAGAUUCUGGUCCGGAGGGCGCAGUGAAGCAGGAGAAGCGGCGAGUGGUACCGCGACGGUGGCGGCAAGGCCAGGGGUGUGGGCACGACUGGGCACCUGGGCCCGCGCGCUGCUUCGGGAUUAUGCCGAGGCGUGCGGAGACGCGGCGACUGCAGCGCGUGCCCGGCCGGGCCGCGCGGCCGUGUACGUGGGGCUGCUGGGCGGCGCCGCGGCGUGCUGCGCCCUAGCGCCCAGCGAGGCGACCUUCGAGGAGGCCUUGCUCGACGCAUCAGGGUCCCUCUUGCUGCUGGCGCCGGCGACCCGCAACCGCCACUCGGAAGCGUUCUUGCAGCGCCUGCUGUGGCUGAGGGGCCGCGGGCGGUUGCGCCACGUGAACCUGGGGCUCUGCUCGCUGGUGUACGAGGCGCCCUUCGAUGCCCAGGCCAGUCUCUACCAGGCUCGCUGCCGCUACCUGCAGCCACGCUGGAUCGACUUCCCCGGCCGCGUCCUCGACGUGGGGUUCGUGGGCCGUUGGUGGAUCCUGGAGAACCGCAUGCGUGAUUGCGACAUCAACGAUGACGAGUUUCUCCACCUGCCUGCGCACCUCCGCGUCGUCGGCCGCCACCAGCUGCAUUCUGAGGCCAACGAGAGGCUGUUCGAGGAGAAGUACAAGCCCGUCGUGCUCACCGAUGACCAAGUGGACCAGGCGCUGUGGGAAGAGCAGGUGCUGCAGAAGGAGAAAAAGGACAGACUGGCGCUGAGCGAGGCCGAUUCACUGGUGCAGUCCGAGGUUUCCAGAUGAAACCCAGGGAGCCCCCGGUUUCCAGGCUCAGGCCAAAAACUGUUGGCCAGGUGCAGUGGAUGAGAAAUCCAUUCAGUGUGGUUUUGUAGGAAGCCCUUCUCGCUCUGCUUCUCGCUCUGUCUGUCCCAAUAGCUGAAGCUAAUUGAAAGCCUUUCUGGUCUUGGAGAUGGAGAAAAGCUGAAGAACUGGUCUUGACCAUGGAGCAUUUGACCGUGUUAUGCUUUAACCAUCAGAGCUACGAGUAAGGAGCCUGCACUGUGUAUGUAGCCUGUUGUAGUUGGGGGUGUACUUCAGUGCAGUGGUAGAGCACUUGUCUAGCAUGCAUGGGUUCCUGGGUUCUAUUCCCAGCACUGCAAAACUGAACACAAAUGAACUUCUGGUCUUGGAUUAUUUAUUUGGUUGGUUUUUGAGACUAGUACUCCCAUAUAGCCCAAACUGGCCCUGAAUCCUUCUGCCUCAGCUCCAGUCCACCACGGUGUACAUAGCCCAUGUAUAAGCCCUAUUCACAUGGCUGCAAAGACGUCUUG